UUGCAAUCAGGCGACUUUGAUAACAGAACGGUUGUGGAUUCUGGUAUUGGUAUACUCUUAGCUAGGCGUCCCGAUGAAAAUGCCAGUCUCCUUCCCAGCUUGGGAGACCCUGCCGGGUGGACGAAUCCCGCGUUAAUUAUUCACGACAAUGGCUUUUCACAAGACGAAGCUUACCAAGAGGUUUCUGUUGUUUGUGCGAAUAUCGUACAAUCAGUUUGUGCCCUCAUUGACGGAAUGAAAGCAUUGAAUAUUCCAUUCACAUCGAAACAGUAUCGAAAUGAAGAAUUCCAACCAUCUAUAAAGACGUUAUGGAAUGACAAAGGUGUCGAAGUUGCGUAUAAAAGGCGAGAUGAAUUUUAUUUACAUGACUCGGCAAAGUACUUUCUUGAUUCGUUGGAUCGGAUUUAUGAUAAGAAUUUCGUUCCCACUGAACAGGACAUCUUGCGGACACGUACAGUCACAAUGGGAGUGAUUGAAGUCUGUUUUCACAUAAAAAAUAAGUUCUGGAGGGUAUUUGACGUUGGAGGUCAGCGUUCGCAACGAAAGAAGUGGGUCCACUGCUUCGAUGACGCAAAAGCGAUCAUCUACGUGGCAUCGUUGAGUGAAUACGAUCAAGUUCUGCUUGAAGACAAUAUGACAAAUCGCAUGCAAGAAUCACUUCAACUGUUUCGACAAGUCAUCAAUAAUAAGUACUUUGUGAGGACCUCAAUCAUUCUUUUCUUAAACAAAAAGGAUAUUUUUGAAAAGAAAAUAGGACAUGGCAAUUCAUUGAAGAUUGCGUUCCCACAUUACAAAGGUUUGUUCUCAGUUCUAUUGUUUUAUGCAAACGAAAAUCGUGAGAAAUCCAUCUACACACAUCUGACUUGCGCCACUGAUACACAAAAAGUGCAAUUCGUGUUAGACAGUAUCCUAGACACUAUUUUGUCGUCAAGGCUCAAACGAUGUAGUUUAUACUAA